UGUAAUCUGUUUAAAUAUUGUUUUAUCAUUUGAAAUCUGCAACUAAACGCCAAAUCUAAGCACAAUAUCUCGUCUCCUACAAAUACUUCAUUAAUCUGAUCUGGUGUGGUGUGGGUUUCAAAUCGUGCAGAGGGUUGAAAGAUGGGAACAUUGGGAGCGGUUUUCAGGCACCCAGAUGAUAUUUACCCGCUCUUGAAGCUGAAAAGGGCGGUAAAAAAUGCGGCCAAGCAGAUCCCACCUGAGCCUCACUGGGCUUUUUGUUAUACUAUGCUUCACAAAGUCUCUCGUAGUUUCGCUCUCGUUAUUCAGCAGCUUGAUACCGACCUCAGAAACGCUGUAUGCAUAUUUUAUCUAGUUCUUCGUGCACUUGACACUGUUGAGGAUGAUACAAGCAUACCUACGGAGGUCAAGGUGCCUAUUCUCUUGGCUUUUCAUAGUCAUGUGUAUGAUCGUGACUGGCAUUUUGCAUGUGGUACAAAGGAUUACAAAGUUCUCAUGGACCAGUUUCAUCUUGUUUCAACUGCUUUUCUGGAGCUUGGAAAGGGUUAUCAGAAAGCAAUUGAGGAUAUUACCCAAAAAAUGGGUGCAGGGAUGGCAAAAUUUAUUUGCAAGGAGGUUGAAACAAUUGAUGACUAUGAUGAAUAUUGCCACUAUGUCGCUGGACUUGUUGGACUAGGCUUAUCUAAGCUUUUCUAUGCCUCUGGGAAGGAAGAUAUGGCUCCAGAAGAUCUUUCCAAUUCAAUGGGUUUAUUUCUUCAGAAAGCAAAUAUCAUUCGAGAUUAUCUGGAGGAUAUUAAUGAGAUACCAAAAUCACGGAUGUUUUGGCCUCGUGAGAUCUGGAGUAAAUACGUUAACAAACUGGAGGACUUGAAGUACGAGGAAAACUCAGUCAAGGCGGUGGAAUGCUUGAAUGACAUGGUCACCAAUGCUUUGACACAUGCGGAAGAUUGUUUCAAAUACAUUUCUGCAUUAAAAAAUCCUGCUAUAUUCCGAUUUUGUGCUAUACCUCAGGUUAUGGCAAUUGGAACACUAGCAUUAUGCUACAACAACAUUGAAGUCUUCAGAGGAGUAGUGAAAAUGAGACGUGGUCUCACUGCUAAAGUCAUUGACCGAACAAAUAAAAUGUCUGAUGUCUAUGGUGCCUUCUACGAUUUCUCUUGUAUGCUCAAGUCCAAGAUCAACAAGAACGAUCCCAAUGCAACGAAAACCCUGAGCCGGAUUAAUGCAAUACAGAAAACCUGCAUGGAUUCUGGGGUCCUAAACAGAAGGAAAUCUUACAUAAUCCAAAAUGGGCCAAACUACAAUUCAACCAUGAUUUUCCUACUUUUCAUUAUACUGGCCAUCAUUUUCUCGUAUCUCUCCGCCAACCGAUCAACAAACUAGUGAUCGGUGGCAUUCUUGAACUUCUCUCUCUGUCCAUGGGUGAAGCAUAUGUGUUGAUUGAGGUUGCUUUUCUAUGUUUAUAUACAGUAUUCUUGCUGGUUUCUGUAUACCCCAUAUUUCAAGUUUGCUGAUACAAAAUUCUAAAGAAUAGACUCCAUUUUAAGGACU